AUGCUGCGGAUUCUGGUGUUGGUGAUUUCGCUGAGUGUGAGCAGUGACCUAGUAGCUGGUCAGAGAGGAGACUUUGACACAAUACAGCUCCCUGGGGAGUUUAAUACAUCUAGUAGGUUCCUGUUGGAGCACCACAACAGGCCCCACAUUGCCAGGCUAUCCCAGCAUCCUAUUCAUCUGGGACACCUCUUCCUUGGAAAGGCCCAGGCCCCAGGGCCUAUCCAAGAGAUUGUUUUCCUGAAGAACACAGUGAUAAAGUGUAAAGCCUGUGGCAUGCAAGGUCCCCCUCGCACCUCCUGUGACCCUAACCCCUGCCACAUGGGAGUAACGUGCAUUGAGACCGCCGGGGGCAUCAAGUGUGGCCCCUGCCCUGAGGGCAUGGAGGUUAAUGGUACCCACUGCACACAUGUGGAUGAGUGUGUCGUGAAGCCCUGCCACAUGGGUGUGCGCUGCAUCAACACCUCUCCAGGGUUCCGCUGUGGCCCCUGUCCCACUGGCUACACCGGCCCCAGGGUGCAGGGAAUAGGCCUCUCCUACGCCACUAACAACAAACAGGGCUCGUUUAAGUGUGGCUCCUGUAAGGCAGGCUAUGUGGGGGAUCAGCGCAAGGGCUGUAAGCCUGAGAGAGAGUGUGGUAAUGGCCAGCUCAACCCCUGCCAUGCCAGCGGAGAGUGCAUUGUCCAACGAGAUGGGAAAAUAGAGUGUCAGUGUGGGGUGGGAUGGGCUGGCAAUGGCUACUUCUGCAGCUCUGACAUUGACAUUGAUGGCUUCCCUGAUGAGAAACUGGAAUGCACCGAGAGGAACUGUGCCAAGGAUAACUGUCUAACAGUACCCAACUCUGGCCAAGAGGAUGUAGACAAGGAUGGCAAAGGAGAUGCCUGUGAUGAAGAUGCAGAUGGCGAUGGAAUCCUAAAUACACAGGACAACUGUGUGCUGGUACCAAAUGUCAACCAAAGAAAUGUGGACGAAGACGACUUUGGAGACGCCUGUGACAACUGCCGUAUGAUCAAAAACAACGACCAGAAAGACACUGAUGUUGAUAGACUGGGUGACGAAUGUGACGAAGACAUUGAUGGCGACAGAAUCCCCAAUAAUCUGGACAACUGCAAAAGGGUUCCCAAUGCUAACCAGAAGGAUCGAGAUGGGGACAAAGUCGGAGAUGCUUGCGACAGUUGCCCCUAUGUUCAAAACCAUGACCAGUUAGAUAUGGACAACGAUUUGAUCGGAGACCCUUGUGACACCAAUAAGGACAGUGAUGGUGACGGUCACCAGGACUCUCAGGACAACUGCCCUGCAGUCAUCAACAGCUCCCAGCUGGACACGGACAAGGAUGGCCUGGGGGACGAGUGUGACGAUGACGAUGAUGAUGAUGGUAUUCCUGACCUUCUGCCCCCGGGACCGGACAACUGUCGCCUCAUUCCCAACCCUCUGCAGGAGGACUCUGACGGUGAUGGUGUUGGGAAUGUGUGUGAGAACGACUUUGACAAUGACACCAUCAUCGACAGCAUCGAUGUGUGCCCGGAGAACGCCGAGGUCACUCUCACAGACUUCAGGGCCUACCAGACAGUGGUGCUGGACCCAGAGGGAGACGCACAGAUAGACCCUAACUGGGUGGUGCUCGAUCAGGGAAGAGAGAUCGUCCAAACUAUGAACAGUGACCCUGGACUGGCUGUUGGUUACACAGCUUUCAACGGUGUUGACUUCGAAGGGACUUUCCAUGUGAAUACUGUAACGGACGACGACUAUGCAGGGUUCAUCUUUGGCUACCAGGACUCUUCCUCCUUCUACGUGGUGAUGUGGAAACAGGUUGAGCAAAUCUAUUGGCAGGCCAAUCCAUUCAGAGCUGUGGCAGAACCAGGGAUCCAACUGAAGGCUGUGAAGUCCAACACGGGACCAGGGGAGAAUCUACGCAAUUCCCUGUGGCACACUGGCGACACCAGUGACCAGGUGAAGCUGCUGUGGAAAGACGUCCGCAACGUGGGCUGGAAGGACAAGACUUCAUACCGCUGGUUCUUGCAACACAGGCCCCAAGAUGGCUACAUCAGAGUGCGUUUCUUUGAGGGUCCUCAGAUAGUGGCAGACACAGGUAUCAUCAUAGACACCACCAUGAGAGGAGGCAGACUGGGUGUCUUCUGCUUCUCCCAGGAGAACAUAAUCUGGGCUAACCUACGCUAUCGCUGCAAUGAUACAACCCUCGAGGACUUUGACUCAUACCAAGUCCAACCCGUUCAGCUACAGUUCUAAUACAGCAUGCACACACCUCUGCCCAAACGAAGACUGGGAGGACAUUCCAUCUACACCCCCACAUUCUGGAACGCAUGGCUCCCAGCUGAACAGUGCAUGGUUGUGUCUGUAAUGGCACCCUAUCUCCUAUAUAGUGCACUACUUUUGAUUAAAGGCUAUAUAGGGCCCGAUUUGGACUUAAGAAAUGCCUUUAUGCACACCUUUCAUACACACUUUUCAGUAGUUAGUAUUCAGACUUACCUUAUGAAUGUACGUAAAGGGCUUUGCAGGCAUGCUUCCCUUGUCAUUCAAUAGGGUUUUCAGUGCAUAUAUCUUAAGCCAUCUCUUUAAAUAUGGUGUAACUUUUAGUUAGUAUUUAGUUGACAGACUCAAUAGAAUAUAUUGAAUAUUAGUGAUCAAUGAAAGAAAGCCAUCUAAAUAUAUGCAUAUCAUUCUCUGUUUCAGCACCAUUUGGUAGAUUCAAAAAAUACUCUGAUCUUGUAGAUUAUUUAGGGUUAGGAAAGUAUUUAUGAAAUCAUAAAAACAGGUUUGGAGAGCCUUUAUGCGGAAAAGAAGACAGUGGUUUGAUUCAUUCAGAAAAUUGCCACAUUGCUAUUUAACCCAUGGUAAUGUUGGAAGAUUAGUGUACAUAGAAUUAUAAUAGGGAGAAUAGUGUACAAUAGUAGACAUUACCCUCGUCUGUUGCCUGCACUAGCCAUGGUACUGUGUGAUGACAGCCGAGUAUUGCGCCAUGCGUAGGCUUCAAACUGUUAAUGCCUGGUCUGCACUCCGCUCCAUAACGAUUUAAUUGGCCUAACUGUUACUAAUGAUCCUCUCAGCAACAACCACAUGGCCAUGACAGCGUUUACAGAGGAAGCAAAUGCAGGUAAACAAAACGAUGUAAUUAAAUGGAAUGAUAAUGUAUGCUAUACCAACUGAAGGGAACUAACAGUAAACUGGCAGUUGAAUAUGUGUGUUAUUAAGCCUACUGACGGUCGAUACUGAUAGUGGCUAAUAUUUAACAUGACAGAAAUAGGAAACAAAGUCGUGGUAGCCUAUAAUUAAGACAUCCGAGUGCUCAGCUAUGAGAGUUAAAAGGCUGUGCAAUUUAAAUUCUGCAUAAUAGCACGGCCUUUCAUGAACUUUACUUUGGGAAAGUUGAUAUGCUUCAGUUUGAAGCCAUAUAUGACUGGUUUCACAUUUGUCUCCAGCAAUUGGAAGGUAAAAUAUAUCUAAAACAAGUGUAAUUUAUAGUUUCCUUAUCCAGACAGAUUACACAUUUAACUAGCGCUUAUCAAGUUCUAAAUGACAGUGCAUGGAGAAUGGUGUAAUUUCUAUUGGAAAAAAUAAAGUAAUGCUUUUUCCACUUGAAACCGGUAGGUUCGCUAGACCUUAUUCAUUUUUUCCUCAUAUGUAAAAGGUGGAAGAAUUAUUAGGGAAUUAAGUCAAGGUCAGAAUACAGCGUCUGUUGACACACCAUCAUUUAUUUGAUCUCCACCCAAAACAAAUAGCAGGUGAACAGCAUGCUAUUCUCAUGCUUAAGUUCAAGGUCAGAAUAAGCAUAGAGAAAAGUGCAUAAAAAUGGAAUUACUACGUUCCAUUUAAGCACGCUUAACUCGGGUCGGAAUUGGGCCCAUAUUGAAUUUUUUUUUUUUUAAGGACCCUGUGAGAUGUGACUCAGCAAAAUAGAGGCUGCCAUAUUGGUCACCACCAGCAAUGACAACAUUUUCCAGUGACAUUUGCUCCCCAAUAAUUCCAGUUCUCAGGGGACUUUUCUUUAUGUCUACUACUACUCUGUCAACAAUAUAGAAAUGUGAGGAUAGUUGUGUGUGUUUUGAAUAAUCAGGGUGUGGACAGAAAAUGUGUAUUACAUUGUGAGCGGACUAACUUUUUGUUGUUGGGGGGAGGGGGGGCUAUGCAUUAGAUUGCAUGUGAUCAAUUAAUAAAAUUGUGAACCACAACUGUUAUUUUGCUUUAGCAUAUACUGAAUAUAUAGGACUUACCUUUAGGUCAAAACGGGUUUACACUUUCUCCUCACUACUGACUAGACAGAAACUGAAGACAUGAGAAACUGCUUUGAGUACUGAUCAAAAGUUUGGGACUGAAAAUCACAAAACAGGUAUUCAAAAUUAUCUUUUAAAAACACAUACAGAAAUACAGAUUACAAAAUAUAAACAACAUAACAAGGACAACAAAAUAUAGAAUAGUUCAAACGUCAUGCAUGUCCACACUUAGUAAACCUUGGUGAAAUGACAUUUUUCAUUUAUAUAUUCUGCAAAAUUGAGACUAUGUACAGAGAAGAAAUGCCUCCCACAUUCAGUUUAUCUUACAAAGGGGUCACAUAAAAGGAGUUUCACAUAGAAACAAAUAAUUACUAUACAUCUCAGAAUAUGAUUUACAGGACAAUAGUUAAAAUAUGUGAUACCCACUUAAAGCUGACCAGGGAAUUCCCUAUAAGAGAGAUUUUCUUUACAUUAUGAAUUGGAAAUACUUGCCAAAAGUGGCAUUUUAGGGUACCCAACUUCAACUGCACAGUUCUACAGGAGGAAAUGAUGUAGAUUAAUAUUAAUCCAUUUCAAAUUAUGGGACAGAAAAUAUAAUUAUCCCUUUCAUUCACCUUUAGUUGAGAGAAUGUAUGGGGACAGGUACUCUGGAAGUGACAGUAAGCGUAGUGAGAAUCAAGAUACUGCUCACCAAUUCCCACAAGGCUGAAUUCCUUUCAUGCUCACCUCAGUCAGUGUAUUGUAAUAAUUACUGUCAAAACAGGAGUCCACAUCACCGUAUUUGAUUGCCAUUUCCCAUGCAUAUGCAGAGCAGUAUGGUAUAUCUAUUGACAAAUACAUAUACAUUGAGUGCUAUUCCUUUUUUAACAUGGAAAACAAGCUGCAUUGGAAUAAGCCCUUUCUGGUUUUGCAUUACAAAAUAAGGAAUACGCUUCCACACUGUUACAGGCUUUAAAAAAAAGAAGAUAAUAUUCUUUCUAGGGUACAACAGUCAGCAUUGACAGAACAGUCACUGUUCACAUUCACAAGGCAGUUGGCCACAAAUAAAGUGAAAAAGCAACAGAAUAAGAACACAUACAACAUAAAAACGUGUCAUAAACCUUACUUAAAACAUGUCUUAUGCAGUCACAGUAAAUGAUAUCAGUUUAGACUUGAUUCGGCAGUCAUGAUGGCACAUGCCUCAAUUUAGGUUAGCUAACUAGCCAUAGUUCAUAUUGCUGAAGUCAACAAGAUAAUGUUGAAUCAUUUGCAAUAAACCAGCAUCAACAAUAGGGACCACUUAUAACAUCAGUCAUGCCAUGCAACUGACAGUAAGCUCUCGACCGUCAAGUCAAGUUUUACUGCCAAUACG